AUUUCGUUUAUCUCAAUGAGGUUUUUGUUUUUUUCCCCUUAUAAUUAUGUCUCUGUUAUGCUAUGUUAUUCGGAGGUGAAAGAGAGGAAGGAAAUUAAUGGUGGCGGAGGAAGAAUUAUCCAUCUGACAACGAAAAAAAAAUCAGGAAAAGAAAAACGAGGGAAGAAUAUCAAUGUCAGCAGGCAAAAAGAAAGUCUGGUCCGAUACUACCCCACUCCUCCACCGCCGAAACUCUCCUCCUCCGCCUUCCUACCAUUCUUCUUCCUCUUUCCCUUUCACCGUCGAGAUGACUUCCUCCUCCUCCCCCCGCCGCGUCGGCUCCCUCUUCCUCGGUAUCGACGUCGGAACCUCCAGCGCCCGCGCCGGAGUGUUUGACGAUAAGGGGAAGCUCCUGGGGACGGCGAGCAGCCCGAUACAGAUUUGGAAAGAAGGCGACAUCGUUGAGCAAUCGUCGACGGACAUAUGGCAUGCUGUCUGUGCUUCUGUGAAGUCGGCUUGCUCCCUUGCUAAUGUUGCUGGCCAUGAAGUGACCGGGAUUGGAUUUGCUGCUACAUGUUCCCUUGUUGCCGUUGAUUCUGAUGGUGCCCCGGUUACUGUUUCGUGGAGUGGCGAUUCGAGGAGGAAUGUGAUUGUGUGGAUGGACCACAGGGCUGUUAAGCAAGCUGAAAAGAUCAAUUCUUUUAACUCGCCCGUGUUGCAAUACUGUGGUGGAGCUGUUUCUCCUGAAAUGCAGCCACCAAAGCUGCUAUGGGUGAAGGAAAACUUGCCAGAGUCAUGGUCAAUGGUGUUCAGGUGGAUGGACUUGAGUGAUUGGUUGUCAUACAGAGCCACUGGAGAUGAUACUAGAAGUCUGUGCACAACGGUCUGCAAAUGGACAUAUCUUGGUCAUGCACACAUGCAGCAGAUGAAGGAGAAGAAUUUGCGCGACAUGGAAGCAUGUGGAUGGGAUGAUGAUUUCUGGGAAGAGAUUGGCUUGGGUGACCUUUUGGAGGGUCAUCAUGCUAAGAUAGUUAAUUUGACAUGGGAAAAUUUUGCACAGGACGCAGUGUUGCUCUUCCAGGUCAUUCUUUGGGUUCUGGUCUUACCACUGCAGCUGCGCAGGCAAGAAUUUUGUACUGAAGAAUUGACACAUUCAUUUCAAGAAAUGGGUCUUAGAGCAGGAAUUCCAGUUGGAACUUCAUUGAUUGAUGCUCAUGCUGGAGGCGUAGGGAUCAUGGAAAGUGUUCCCGAGUCAGAUUCUGAAGCUAAAGCCUUGCCCGAAUGGGUUCAUCUUUUGCUAGAGUCGGAAAAGGAAGCUGUUAGCAGUCGCAUGGCAUUAGUCUGUGGUACUUCUACCUGUCAUAUGGCCGUAUCGGAAAGCAAACUGUUCAUUCCUGGAGUUUGGGGCCCAUUUUGGUCAGCAAUGCUGCCUGAGUAUUGGCUUACAGAAGGUGGACAGAGUGCUACUGGUGCAUUAUUGGAUUACAUAAUUGAAAACCACAUGGCUUCUCCUCCUCUUGCAGAGCGAGCUGCAUCUCAAAAAACUUCUAUCUUUGCAUUGUUAAACAGUAUUUUGAAGACAAUGAUGCAGGAGCGGAAGUCUCCAUUUGUUGCUGCUUUGACUGAAAGCACACAUGUUCUCCCGGACUUUCACGGAAAUAGAUCUCCUAUUGCAGACCCUAAAUCGAAGGGUAUUAUGUGCGGCUUGACUCUUGACACAAGUGAGGGACAGUUAGCUCUGUUGUACCUUGCCACUAUACAGGGGGUUGCUUAUGGUACUAGGCAUAUUGUGGAGCACUGCAAUGCUCAUGGCCACAAAAUCAACACAUUGCUUGCUUGUGGUGGUCUCUCCAAGAACCCUCUGUACGUCCAAGAACAUGCAGAUAUUAUGGGUUGUCCGGUUAUACUGCCUCGUGAAAGUGAGUCUGUACUCUUAGGAGCAGCAAUUCUUGGUGCAGUUGCUGCGAAGAAAUAUCCCACUCUUAUGGAAGCCAUGAAGGCACUGAAUGCCGCUGGUCAGGUUGUCCGUCCAUCUCAAGACCCGAAGGUGAAGAAGUAUCAUGAUGCCAAGUACAAAAUUUUCCGGGAGCUUUACGAGCAGCAGCUAUCUCAACGUUCAGCCAUGGCUAAAGCCUUGGAUUAGAGUCAUGGGAUGUGCCCCAAAUCCACUUCUGCUGGUGUACAGUUCAAGUAAUUUUUUUGUCUACAUUUUUUGCUCUGCUUUUACACACGAGGGGAGCUUGUUCACAGCUAUAGUUUUUGAAGGAUUAUUUGUAAAGCUUCAAACUUUGACCCUCUGAACAAAUUAUGGGUGGGAAUAAAGUAAAACAAUUGAACAAUCUAAACGAGC